CCAUCAGCGGUUCACGCAAGCGGCGUUGUUCGUGUGCGUCUUGCUUCAUCCUCCACACGAAACCAAACCACACCACACCACACCAUCCAUCAUCAUCGUGGGUGGCGGCGUCCUUUCCUUCCAUCCAACCCAUCAACACGCAUCCAUCCCUUCUUGCAUCCACCCACAUUCUCCCUCACCAUCAUCACCCCACACAUCCAUCCAGCCACCACCACAUCCACGACCCACGACCCUUGGCUGUCGCCACCACCAUCACCGCCACGCUUCCUUCCAUUUACCACCGUCCGCAACCUUUCCGUCUCUUCUUCGUGCAUUUGCUGUUGUACUCCCGAACACGAGUGGAGCUCAACACCUGCUGCGCGCACGAUAGGCAACCAACCAACACAAGCACAACAACACAAAGACACGCUCGCGCGCGUUUCACGCACAACCAAUCGCCCACAUUAAGCAAACACAGCUGCACCCACCACAACAGCACCGGCGAUGGCGAGGUUACGUCUCGUGGCGCUGGCAUUUGCACUGCUCCUGGUGCUGACUGCAUCCGCAGCGACGGCAAAGACGGUCACCAUCUACCCAGCUCGCGAUGGCACCCUCAUAGAGCCUGCUGGCGAGGAAACCAAUGCUGCUGGGCUCUCCGACGGCAUCUACUCUGGUGUCCUUGCUGAGGGAAGGCGCAUGCGCGCUGCGCUGUGGUUCGACAUUGAUCGUGAGAUCCCCGAAGGGUCCACGAUCAACAGCGCAUCCGUGUUCCUGUUCCUGCAGAAGGUGAAACUGCCCCUGCCAAAGGACUACACGCUGCAUCGCCUCCUGGGCGAGUUUGGGGAAGGCACUGCUUCCUUCAACGGCGGCAAGGGCGCGCCAGCGACAAUGUACGAUGUGACGUGGAACCACGCCAUGUACCCUUUCAAGGCGUGGACAACACCAGGCGGUGACUUUGUUGCAAACCCGAGCGCAACCACCGCCGUCUCCUUCGCUCAGAUGGAGUACGAGUGGGCGGGCCUCGAAGCUGACGUGCAGUUCUGGGCCGACCACCCCUCGGAAGACUUUGGAUUCAUCCUCAUCGGUGAUGAGCAGUGCGGCGACUUCUGCAAUCCAAGCGCACGCCGGUUCGUCUCCAAAGACUUGUCGGACGAAGAGAACCACUGGCCGCGUCUGGUUGUGGACUUUACGCCCCCCAACACUGACUAUGCCGCUUGCUGCACCACCGAAGGAAACUGCAGACUUACGACACCGGACGGGUGCACCGCCAUCAAGGGCAAGUACAACGCAGGCACGUUGUCAUGCAUGGGCGUGCAAUGCUCCGUGGAGUGCACACCAGAGGAGAUUGCCAUUGGCGCGUGCCAGCUCGGCGCCUGCUGCACGGAGGACCUGCAGUGCGUCAUCACCACUGAGACGCGCUGCAAGGGCGCAUACAAGGGCCAGUACAACGGCGAUGACACAACGUGCAACUCUGAAUCGUGUGCACUUCGCCUGGAGCCGUUCGUGGACGCUCUACCCAUCCCGCACGUGGCCCAGCCGUACGAGGGCCGCGCAGGUGGCAAGGCAAAGUACAUAUUCACCAUCGAUGAAAUCCAACAGAAACUGCACCGCGACCUGCCGCCCACAACCCUGUGGGGAUACAAUGGCAUGUUCCCUGGCCCCACACUGGAGGCCUGGACCAAUGAUCCAGUCACAGUCACGUGGGUGAACAACCUGCGCGACGAGAACGGUGUGCUGCGCACGUCCCACUACCUUGAUGUGGACGAGUGCAUUCAUGGGCCAUCUUUCAGCCAGAAGGUUCCCUUUGUCGUUCCACACUUGCACGGUGGCAAGAUGAAAGGGCGGUGGGAUGGCCAUCCUGACUUCCAGUUUCCACCCGGCGUCAACGACACGUAUGUCUUUGACAACGAGCAGCGUGCCAGCACACUCUGGUACCACGAUCACGCCCUCGGCAUCACGCGGUUGAAUGUGUACAUGGGCCUGGCGGGUCUCUACAUUGUUCGUGACGAGUACGAGACAAAGCUGCAGCUUCCGUCCGGGAAAUACGAAGUGCCCAUUGUGAUUAUGGAUCGCCAGCUGAACCGCGACGGCACGCUGUACUACCCCUCGCUUUGGACUGGCGCCUUUACCGGUGACUUCCUUGUUGUCAACGGCAAAAUCACGCCUUAUCUUCGCGUCGAACGUCGCGCGUACCGCUUCCGCAUCCUCAAUGGCUGCGGUACGCGUGCGCUUGAGCUGAAGAUGGGCAAGGGCAAAUUCUGGGUCGUUGGCACCGAGCGGGGCCUUCGCAGGAAACGCUGGAAGACAACGCGCGUGCUCCUCGUUCCUGGCGAACGCAUUGACGUCAUCGUCGAUUUCUCAUCCCGCCGUGUUGCCGAGAAGAUCCGCCUUGUGAACAAGUACCCCCGCAGCCACGCGCCAGGGUCCCCUCCGUUGUCUGAGGAUGUGCUGGAGUUCCACGUGAUUGAGAGCGAACCACAGCCCAAGUACAAGCCGCCAAAAGCCCUGGACACGUCUGUGAAGCAGCUUCCAAGCAGCGCCAACAUGGUCAAGCGCGAGUUUACCAUGGGAGAGAUGCAAGAGGAAAAGUGCAGUGGGAAGGUGUACCGCAUCAACGGGCUUGGAUGGGAUGAUCUCACAGAGUUCCCACUUGUCGGGUCGCGAGAGGAGUGGACGUUUGUCAAUCUGGACUCCACCCACCUCCAUCCCAUGCACAUGCACUUGGUCGAAUUUACUGUGCUGCGUCGCCAACCCAUCCAAGUCACUGGUGACGGCACGUACGAACUCGUGGGCGAGCCGUCGGGCCCACUCAAGGGGGAUCUUGGCUGGAAGGACAUGGUUGGUGUAUUUCCACUUGAAGCCGUAACAGUCAUUGUGCAGUUCCCAGACAAGGGCGGUGGACGUUUCCCAUACCAUUGCCACAUUCUGGAGCACGAAGAUCACGACAUGAUGCGACAGUUCCAUUUGCAACAGCUUCAUUGCAACAAUAAUGGCAUGUGUGAGCCUGGCGAAGACUGCUACUCGUGCCCCUUUGACUGUGCCACCUCCUCCGGUGCGCGCUGUGGCAACGGCUUAUGUGAGGCUGGCGAUGGCGAAAACUGCGCCAACUGCCCAGAUGACUGCGCGGGCGAUGUUGGCGCCAUUUGCUGCGGCUACGGUCCGAUUGAGUUUGACGGGUACGAGGCUGGUAUGACCACGAUUGGGUGCUCGCACGACAUCUGCACCGCGGAUGGACACUUUUGCCGCGACAAGCCACAGAUACAGUCGUGCUGUGGCGAUUCCUUGUGCACGGGAAACGAGGAGGAGACAUGCGCACUCGAUUGUGCGUUGACCCCUGCAGCCCCAUCAUGGCGCAUGCCAUCACUGUAGACAGCAGCGUAAUUUAAUAUUGAAGGUGGUGGCUGUGUGGACUGACCGACGGUUGAACGCUUGAAGUCGUUGAGCAAUCCCCUCUUUACCCAACUACACCACGCUCUAUCACUAUCAUUGUGUCUGUGAUGUUGAGAUGAUAUGAACCAUCCAUAUGAUAUCACAACUUUGGCGCACCGUUCUUUUAGCCUUUUGUUUGUACGAUGUCACGCGCUUGUUUUGUUAAUUCCUUGCUUCUGUCAUUCGCACGUCUAUUCGCCUCCGCCUGCUGUACAUCUGCGCUGCCUGCGCUGCCUGCGCUGCCUGCAAACGGGUUGGUAACAUCUGUUUCCUUUCCCAGCUUAGCUGCAAAUGCAAAUACACUCUUUAUUGCCUUUCGUUCUUGCUCGCCUCUCGUGUCCUUAUCUACCAACAAUGAAAUGGACAAUCGACCGA